UUUACACCCUUAUAUAUGGCAGCUCAGGAGAACCACGACGGAGUUGUCAAGUUCUUGCUUUCUAAUGGAGCUAACCAAAGCUUAGCCACUGAGGAUGGGUUCACACCCCUCGCAGUGGCAAUGCAGCAAGGUCACGAGAAGGUUGUAGCAGUACUUCUAGAAGCUGACACUCGAGGAAGGGUCCGCCUGCCUGCUUUACACAUAGCUGCUAAGAAGGAUGAUGUGAAAGCUGCUAACCUGUUGCUUGAGAAUGAGCAUAACCCAGAUGUAACAUCAAAGUCUGGAUUCACUCCGCUCCACAUCGCGGCCCACUACGGCAACGAGUCCGUCGCUCGACUGUUGCUGGCUAAAGGUGCUGACGUCAAUUGCGCUGCGAAGCACAAUAUCUGUCCAUUACACGUCGCUGCUAAAUGGGGUAAAGAGAACAUGGUAUCUCUACUGUGUGAUAGUGGAGCUAAUGUGGAGGCUAGAACUAGGGACGGCCUCACUCCACUGCACUGUGCAGCGCGAUCUGGUCACGAGCGUGUUGUAGAAGCUCUACUAGACAGGGGCGCGCCUAUUACCAGCAAAAGUAAGAAUGGACUAGCGCCUCUUCAUAUGGCGGCGCAAGGAGACCAUUCCGAGGCAGCGCGGGUUCUUCUGUCGCGACGAGCGCCCGUCGAUGACGUCACCGUGGACUACCUGACCGCCCUGCACGUGGCUGCCCACUGCGGGCACGCUAAAGUUGCCAAACUGCUUCUGGACCGAAACGCAGACGCUAAUGCACGCGCUUUAAACGGCUUUACACCACUACACAUCGCCUGCAAGAAGAACAGGAUCAAGGUUGUGGAACUACUCCUUAAAUAUGGAGCAAGUAUCCAAGCAACAACGGAGUCAGGGCUGACGCCACUUCAUGUCGCAUCCUUUAUGGGUUGUAUGAACAUCGUCAUAUAUCUUUUGCAACAUGAGGCCAACCCUGACGUACCAACUGUCAGGGGCGAGACUCCCCUACAUCUUGCAGCUAGAGCUAACCAGACAGACAUCAUACGCAUCCUGCUCCGCAACGGCGCGGCGGUGGACGCGAAGGCGCGCGAGCGGCAGACGCCGCUGCACGUGGCGGCGCGGCUCGGCAACGUCGACAUCGCCGAGCUGCUGCUGCAGCACGGCGCCGACGUGCGCGCGCCCACCGCCGACCACUACAACGCGCUGCACAUCGCCGCUAAGCAGCACAAUCACGACGUGGCAGCUGCUCUCAUUGAGCACAAUGCUCCAUUGACAGCUACAACUAAAAAGGGAUUUACAGCCCUCCAUCUUGCCGCUAAAUACGGAAAUCUCAAGGUAGCGAACUUGCUCCUUGCUCACGGAGCCUCACCAGAUCAAGCCGGUAAGAACGGCAUGACUCCUUUACACAUUGCUGCUCAGUACGACCAACAAGCAGUCGCUAACACAUUACUUGAAAAGGGAGCUGAUGCCAAGGCAAUUGCAAAGAACGGCCAUACUCCACUCCAUAUAGCGGCUCGUAAGAACCAGAUGGAGACAGCAGCAACGUUGCUAGAGUACGGAGCUCUCACCAACGCCGAAUCAAAGGCUGGAUUUACACCAUUACAUUUAGCAGCCCAACAGGGUCACACGGAAAUGUGUUCACUUCUCUUGGAACAUGGAGCAGAAGUAGAUCAACAAGCUAAGAAUGGUCUUGCAGCACUACAUCUCGCUGCUCAAGAAGAUCGCGUUCCAGUUGCUCAGCUUUUAGUUAAGAAUGGAGCUGAGAUGGAUAUUUGCACUAAGGGCGGUUACACACCGCUUCAUAUAGCAAGUCACUACGGACAAGCGAACAUGGUGCGCUAUCUACUGGAGAAUGGUGCUUCGGUUAAGGCUCAGACAACUCACGGUUACACCGCUCUACAUCACGCAGCUCAACAAGGGCACAUCAAUAUUGUCAACAUACUUCUUGAACACAAAGCUGAUGCUAAUGCUACUACUAUCAACGGCCAAACACCCUUGGACAUAGCCUCGAAGCUCGGCUACGUAACUGUCAUGGAAACUCUAAAGGAAGUCUCCGAACCUUCACUCGCUCCAGCCUCUCAAGACAAAUACAAGGUUGUGGCGCCUGAAACUAUGUUAGAGACGUUCAUGUCUGAUUCCGAAGAAGAAGGAGGUGAAGACGCAAUCCUCAAUGAUCAGCCAUAUCGAUAUCUGACGGCUGAUGAUAUGAAAUCUUUAGGAGAUGAUUCGCUGCCGAUUGACGUGACAAAGGACGAAAGAACUGAAUCUGCCAUGAGUCAUAAGAACAUUAUGGAAAUUUCUCAAGCAUCAGUAAACGGAAUUCCAUACCAGCCUCAGCAAGAAGUGGUCGUCAAAAGUAUAAGUCGUUACAGCACAGCGCAAGCGCCAGAAGGCUAUUGCUAUAAUGUCGACCCAACACAACCCAAUUUCCUGGUGUCGUUCCUCGUGGACGCGCGCGGGGGCGCGCUGCGCGGGUGUCGCGGCGGCGGCGUGCGCGUCAUCGUGCCGCCGCAGUCCGCGCAGCAGCCCACGAGGAUCACGUGCAGAUACUUAAAACCAUCCCGUAUCAAUCAUAUGCCUCCAUUGAUGGAGGGUGAAGCUUUGGCAUCGCGGGUUUUGGAAAUGGGUCCUGUAUCUGCAAAGUUUUUGGGGCCAGUUAUUCUCGAAGUACCUCACUACGCAUCUCUGAGGGGUAAGGAGCGCGAAAUCGUUAUUCUUCGUUCAGACAAUGGCACCAGUUGGAGGGAACACAACGCUGACGCGACUGACGAUGUUGUCCAGGAUAUUUUGCAUGAGACCCUGGAGAUUGAAGAAACAAACGAAGAUGAGAAAGGAUGGGACGCGCCUCGCGUCACGCGUAUUUUAACACACGAUUUCCCGCAAUACUUCGCGGUGAUAUCCCGCAUCAGACAGGAAGUGCAUGCCAUAGGACCUGAAGGUGGCAUGGUCUCCAGUUCCGUUGUUCCACAAGUCCAGGCCGUAUUUCCACAAGGAGCUCUCACUAAGAAGAUCAAAGUGGGCCUUCAGGUAAACCUUUUCAAACCACGUAAAGGCGUUAAGGAUAUGAACUUAAAAAAGAUCACUGUCAACAACGUUUCUAAGAAGAAACGUUUCUCUUUGAUUUGGUAG